UGGAGCCUGAGAAUCACACUUGGCUGGGAGCAUUCUUCAAAACAUAGAGGAUAGCAGAAGAUGGAAGAUGGAACCAAAGGGCUUCACAGGAGCCCCCUUUUGGACUCAGCAAGCCAGAUUUGAUGUGUCAGCCAUUUAUCCUGAUGUCAAGAAGCCCAGUACUUUUCUACAGGCCCCAUACUGCAAGAGCGUCUGUUCAGAAUUGAGCCGAAAAUUAGGACCAGGCACUUAUACGAUUGAAAAUGGAAACUUCAGGUCUACUAUCUUGCAGAAGAAGGCAUCAAGCUCUAGCUGGGCAAAGGCUCAAGAGGCAGCGAGACUCACUCAAAUGCCACAUUUUAAAUUUAAGGAAAUAUGCCAGCAGGAGAAAUUUCGGAAAAGAAAAUUGGGACCUGGGACUUACAAUUAUACAGAUUUUCUGGAGCUGAUGGAAAGACGUCCACACAGUAUUAAAGGAAUUUGUGAUACCGGAGAAGUGAGAUUUAAAGACCGCAUCAGGGAAUGUUAUCCUGGCCCUGGUACCUACGGGAAUCCUUAUGUCAAACUAGACGAAAAGGAAAAAGUCUCAGUGACUGCCCUAGGAAUAAUGGACAGUAAAACUCCUAAAGAGUUCACCUUUGUCCAUAUGGGAAGCGGUUUGGGACCUGGUACCUACAAUCUCAAAAAUAGUGUAGAUGAGAUGUUGAAACGAGUGGUCAGUAUUCGAGGUCCCUAUGAAAUCUUCACAAGUGACAGGUCAAAGCCUAUAAUUUCUGGACAUUUUGCUGGUGAUAAAAAAACCUCUGAGCUGACUAGUUGCAAAGUCAAAUCCUUCCUGGAAGAACUGGAAACAAGAGAGAAAAAGAAACAUGGUGUUUUUAGUACUUUUGCACGGGAUCCCGAAUGUCCAACUGAACGGAUCUUCUGGGCCAAAAUUGGCCAGUUUCCACGUGAACAA